UUUCUUGAGGAAUCCUGUGGGAGGAGGUGUGACGGUUUCGGGAUAUAUCAGGAAGGAUAUAUUUUGAUUGCUGAGAACUUCAGGAAAGGGCAGAUGGGUGCCAAGUUUACCAUCUGCUGCUGUCGGUACUACCUGAGACACAACAAGGAAGAGAAGAGUGCUAUUUUGCGCAUGCACACCACCACAGCUUCUAGACAACCAGAGCUGUUGUCCAGUGACUCCAGUGACAGUGACGCAGAAGGGGAGGAGCCUUUUGGGCCACAGCCUUCGAGAAAGAGCCCAUGGAACCAUCAGCCGAGCCAGAGGAGCCCAGUGGAUCCAUGGGCCACCGUAAACAGACCUUGUGAAUUUCCCAUCAGGAGAGGAUCAGACAGGGAGUUGCAGGCUUUUAUCAGCAUGAGAGACCAGGCUGACAAAGCUACAGAGGAAUGGGAGAAGCUGAAUUAUGACAUACACACUUUACGCUAUGCCAGACGAGAAGUCAGAUCUCGAUGGAAGAAAAUCCUGCUGCAGCUAGGUUAUCAGUGUGAGGUAGAUGCCUUGCUGUGUGUCAACAGACAGAGCCGGUUCAGUCGAGAUGAGGAGCAUGUUAACAAAGUGACGGAACUGUUGCAACAGCUGCUGGACCACACCUCUCUGUUUCCUCCAGAGACUGGACACCAGAGCAGAUACCUUCAUGUCAUGGACCGCCUGGUGUCACUGGACAGUGCUGAGGACUUUGUCAGACUGGCCAAAGAGAAAUAUCCCAAGAAAGUAGGCUGAGACACAGAGACAGAAAGAAGACAUAAAGGUUGAGAGAAAGUAAAGACAAGUGAUGACAAAUGGCAAUUUUUUACCACGCUCUACUACUACUACUACUACUACUACUGCAAAGAGGCAAAUUUAAUUCUAAUGGUAAACUGAAAUACCUACUAUUUGAUGUGUCCUGUUGAGUGAAUUAAUUUUAUUCCACUGCGUAUUGGUAAGUUGCACAAUUACUGUAUUGUUUAGAUACAGUUUGUAAUGCACUAUAAAAAUGCUGUGUUUUUAAUUUCUGAAUUUUCUUUUAAAAGUUUAUUUUAGAUAAUAUCACAAUAUGAAUAUCAUAUAUAACAUCAACUUUUAGAAGUUUCUUUCUUAUAGCACUUCUGUUGCACUGGUUACUGGUGUGCAGCUGGAGAAACUCAGGUGCUCUGUAUAGGAUUGGCCAAUGUUACAGGUGGAGAUACUUCUGGUUAAAACAUGUUUUUUGUGUUUGUUUGAGCUGGUUUGGUAUUGUAGGUAUUUGGACAUCCAGAUCCAAAAAGCUAAGAAACCCUCUGCAGGUACAAAGAUGUAUUCACUGUCUAUACUGUAAUAAAUAUGAGAAAAUCCA